GUCCUUUUGCAAGAGAACGGUUUAUUACUUCAAAUAAGAAAGGUUGUAAGCCUAAGACAUGUGGUUGCUGUAUACCAUGUAAAGUAACGCAGAAAUGCAUGGAUCGCAACGGAUACUCUGAACGAAUGGAAAAGUCAUGCAGAAAAGGAUACCAGGAAUACAUAGAUAAUAGCAAAAAACCUUGCAAGUGUUGCGCCCCUGAAAACCCGGAUGAAUGUUCAAGGGCUGCUUGUCCGAAUAUGACAGACACUUCCUUUGCCAUAAAGGGCGAAUGUUUCCAGAACUUCAAUCAGAGAAAUGCUGGCGUUGGCACCCAAUGUAGCUGCUGCUAUCCAGGAAGUUGGCAGACCUGCAGCAGGGAAUCUAGCUGCCGAAAUGGCGACGGCUAUUGCUCAGGACACGGGUGUGGCGACUGUAAAGAUUAUGAAGCAGCAGGAGAAUGCAUUAGUUACGGAAAUCAGAAAUGCAGUUGUUGCCAGCACGUGUGCCACAAGAACGAAGGAGUCCUGUUGAAUUAGAAUUACUGGAUAUCUACAACUUCAAAAUUCAAGAUCAACUAUGUAACAACAGGUGAUACUACUGCAGUUAAGGAAGAUACAGCAAAACAAAAGCGCUGUUAUGACCAUUAUGAUUGUGAUCAUUAUUGUCGUUACUAAUGAUUUUAUAUUAAAAUUAUUGUCUUAUUUUAUCAUUAAUGCUAACAUUACCUCAACACCGAAUUAUCCUUUUCUUUUGUUGUUACUCCUCAUGUUCCUGAUAUUAUUAACACUAUUCCCAUAAAUUAGGUCUUAAUUUGGCGAUAAUUAGGUAUCUAACAAAUCUGAUUGGGAUGCUCCCUUCGAUAUAUUGUUUCUCUUGUUAUUCUUAAAAAAGAGAGAAUAGUUAACAGCAUUCUUUUUAUCUAGGGAGAUGAUGCAGUGUCAUAUCUUUGGAAAUCAGUCGUUGAUAAUAUAUUCUAAUCUGCUUC